UUUGUGGAUAUUUCUUCUGCUGUUACAAUCUGGAAUCACCUUAGAAACAUCUGAAGAGAUUGUGGACCUAUCCUUUAGCAACGACACAACCCUUUAUCCAUGUGCAGAAGGAGAAUACUUCUCCCACCGGCUGUGUUUAGAGUGUCCUGCUGGUCAUUUUUGUCCUGGAAAUGUAUCUGCACCUCAUAGAUGUCCAGCAGGAACAUUCAACUUCUACACAGGAAAACGUAGUAUCGGUGAUUGCAAGCCUUGCUUUCCAGGUCUGAUCAGUUCAGAGGACAGAGUGGACUGUAGGCUGUGUCCUGAAGGUUUCUCAUGCGAUCCAGCCAUCGGCACCCUCUUUUUAUGCCCCCCAGGACAACAUUCUCCUGAAGGGAUUUUACAUUGUCUGGCCUGCCCUGUAGACUCUGUCUGUACCUUUGGAUUCCCUUUUAAGUGUGGACCUGGCAAGGAGCCCAGUGUAGAUCACACUGUGUGUAGUGACUGUCCCCCGGGUUUCUAUUCCACUGUGUGUACUGUCCGGUGUCUGCAGUGUCCAGCAGGGAGUUACUGUCCAGGGAGUGGGCUACCACAGCCUCUUCCCUGUCCUCCUGGGUGGUCUUCCACACCCGGACAGACUUACUGCCGUAGCUGCAAUGACACUUCCUUACUGUGUGCGGGAGCUAUGCCCCCCCGCUGGAGCCAGCCAGCUCACAGAUCUAGUCAACCCAUCACCUGCCAACCAGGAACGUACAAAGACACAAGGGAAGAUGUAGUUUGUACUGUCUGUCCAAUAGGUCAUUACUGUGUAGGAGAUGUAGCUGUACCUUGUCCUGCAGGGACUUAUGGACCUAAAGAAGGUCUGCAGAGGCUGAGAGACUGCACAGUCUGUCCUGCAGGGUUUUACUGUCUGGAAGGCAGCUCACAGAGACCCACCUCCCAGUUCCUGUGCCCACAGGGCUAUUACUGUGAAGAAGGCACUGCCACCCCUCAUGGGUCACCUUGCCCUGCUGGUACAGCGGGGGAACAACUGGGUCAAACAAGUAGAGCAGCCUGUAAGAGAUGUAGAGAAGGACGCUUCUGUCCUGCAGGCUCGUCGAGUCCUGGCUUGCCCUGUGCUCGGGGGAGAUACUGCCCUGGGGGCACAUUGGAAGAGGUUAUAUGUCCUCAAGGCACCUUCACCCCUCAUCAAGGGGCAAUAAGUAUGAAGGACUGUCUCAAAUGCCCGCCUGGUUUCUACUGUCCUGAGGGGUCAAGCGACCCUGUGCCUUGUCCACCAGGAUCUUUCAACCCUUUAGAAGGUCAGGAUGAGUUGGCUGAUUGCAGAGAGUGCUAUGCAGGGAAAGCAUGCACACAGGUGGCUCUGAGGGCUCCUGAUGUUGACUGCAUGCAAGGGUUUGUGUGUCCUCCUGGUUCAUCUAAACCCAAUGCCCCAACCAGUGCUUGCCCACCGGGAACACUGAGCAAUCGCACUAACCUCACUGACCGCUCACAGUGCCAGCCAUGCCCAGCACGAUACGCUUGUCUUCGAGGAACUGGUGGGAUCCAGAGACCACCACUCUCCUGCUUUGCAGGACAUUAUUGUCCUCCUGGAACUAUGUUUCCCACCCAGUACAAGUGUCCUAUGGGGACAUGGAGUGGUCAGAGUGGAUUGGAAGCUGAAAGUGAGUGUCAGCCAUGCCCAGAGGGCUGGUACUGUUUGGCCGGUUCUGGAGCUCCAUCUGGUCGAUGCAGCUCUGGGCAUUACUGUCCUGAAGGGACUGCAUAUGGCACCCAGUUUCCUUGCCCUGCAGGAACUUACAGCUUUCAAAUGGGCAACAGACACAGAGAAGACUGCCUGAUUUGUCCUGAGGGCUCAUUCUGUCAACAGGGCACCUCCAAACCUUCCCCCUGCCCACCCUCCACAUUUCGUCAUCUGAAAGGAGGUCGGAAGCUGGAGGACUGCUCUGCUUGCCCUGCUGGCUAUUUUUGUCCCCACUCAGCCACUGCCACCCCCAGAGUGUGUGGAGCUGGCAGCUACUCUGACGAAGGCUCUGCGGAGUGUUCUCCAUGUUUGCAGGGCCACUACUGCAGUAAUGAGACCACUAGUGAAGAAGCCAUGUUAAACGUUAUGGUGUGCCCCCCAGGCUUUCUCUGCUCUCAGGGUUUGGCCAGAGAGCCCCAGCGCUCUGCCACAAUGUGUCCUCGAGGCUUCUACUGCCCAGGAGGAGCCAUUGAUCCAAACCCCAUUCCUUGCCCCAGUGGUACCUACAGUGAUUUUCCAGGUCUCCGUGACAUGAGUGAGUGUGUCCAGUGUCCUGAGGGGAAGUACUGUUACUCUGAACAGCCUCAAGAGCGACCUAUCACCAGGCCUACAGGAGUGUGUCCUGAUGGACACUACUGUCCACUAGGGACUGGCUACCCAUACACCCACCCCUGCCAAACUGGCCAUUACAGGAACAACACACUUGGCCACAGUGGAGAGCAGUGUGUUUUAUGUUCACUCAGGUACUACUGUGGCAGCCCAGGAACAGCCAUGCCCUUAGUCUGCCCUCAGGGCUUUUACUGUCCAGAGGGCACUUCUACUCCUGAACCUUGCCCUGAAGGAACUUAUGGCGCACGCUCCGCUCUCAGUGAUGUGUCUGAGUGCUCCCCUUGUUACGGUGGCUGGUAUUGCACUGGUGUGGGACUUACAGAGCCCUCUGGAAGCUGCCAAGAACGCUUCUACUGCAGAGAGGGAGCCAAGUCUGCAACUCCAGUUGAUGGUCCAUCAGGAGGUUUGUGUCCAUCAGGAAGUUACUGUCCUCUAGCUUCAUCUUCUCCUCUUCCCUGCCCCCCCGGCACCUUCAGCAACAGCACUGGCUUCAGCAAGCCUGAGGAGUGUGUCAGCUGUCCACCAGGUUUCUAUUGUUUAGGCUACAACAACUCUUCACCCUCAGGUCCUUGUUUUUCUGGUUUCUACUGUACUGGAGGCUCAGCUUCACCUGUUCAGAAUGAAGCAGAAAAAGGUCAUUAUACCUUGGAGGGUGCAUUCAGGGCACAACCAUGUCCUCUUGGCACUUUUCAGCCGCAUCAAGGUGCGCAGUCAUGUGUGGAGUGUCAGGGAGGCAGACUGUGUAACAGGACGGGCAUGUACCAGACACCACUGUGUCCCACAGGACACUUCUGUCCUCCGGGGUCCUCUAUUGCUCGCCCCUGUCCUCCAGGCUCCUACUCUGACCAGCCUGGUGGCGAUGCUGUGUGGCACUGUCGGCCAUGCGAGGCUGGUUGGUUCUGCAGCAGAGCAGGUCUCUCUGACCCUCAGGGUCUCUGUGACCCUGGACACUACUGCACCUCUGGAGCCUCCACUGCCUCUCCAGCAGCUGUGCCCUCUGGUGGCGUGUGUCCUGCAGGCUACAUCUGUCCCCGAGGGACCAAGUAUGCCCAGCAGCACCCCUGUCCUAUUGGAACCUGGAGCAACACUGUUGGAGCUCAAAAUCUGUCCUCUUGCUGGCCCUGUCCUCCGGGACUCUACUGCAACAGCACUGGACUCAGCCAGCCCUCUGGCAUCUGUGAUUCAGGGUAUUACUGUUCAGAAGGGGCAGCUUCUCCAAUGCCCUUAGAUGGUGAGACAGGGGACAUUUGUCCAGUUGGACACUACUGUCCCGUAGGCUCAAGUUCUCCUCUACUCUGUCCUGAUGGAACUUAUUCAAGCUCUACAGGGGCAGAAGUGUGUGACGACUGCCCUCCAGGGACCUACUGUCUGUCAGGAGAAGGGGUCCAGGCCUGUCCAGGAGGCCACUAUUGUCUUGGUGGUGGUGCUGAGACCAUCUUGCCUUGCCCUCCUGGCACAUACAGCCCUCAGUUUGGCCUCAGCCAUGUGGAGCAGUGCCUCAUUUGUCCAGCAGGGUUGUACUGUGAGGACUGGGGUCUGUUUGAACCUACAGGGCCCUGUCAGGCUGGCUAUUACUGCAUAGCAGGUGUGAACUUUCAGAACCCGGAUGGUAACUUCAGCACAGGAAUCGGAGGAGCAUGUCCAAAGGGAAGGUACUGUCCUGAGGGCACCAGUCUCCCGGUGCUCUGUCCCCCAGGGACCUACUCUAAUAGGCUUCACCUGAAAGAAAGCACAGACUGUAGUCCAUGUCCAGCAGGUCACUUCUGUGGUACUGCAGGUCUCACUCAUCCAUCUGGACUGUGUGAGGCAGGAUUCUACUGUCCAGGGGGAGACAGAGAAGCUACAGGCUCAGAAGGAGGUCUUUGUCCAGUAGCUCAUUACUGCCCUGAGGGUAGUGCUAGCCCAGUUCCAUGCCUAGCUGGAACCUACAGCAACCUCACAGGCCAGUCUGUGUGUUCUCGCUGCCUCCCUGGAUACUACUGUCCAGACAAGACUGGCAACUUCACCAAGUUCCCCUGUCCCCCUGGAUUCUACUGCCCUGAUGGUACUAGGCAUGCCACCCAGUUUCCCUGUCCUCGUGGAUACUACAACCCAGAGCCCAUGACUCAGAGUCUGGACAGCUGCCUGCCUUGUCCUCCGGGACACUACUGUGAGAACGAGAGACUGACCAAAGUGUCAGGAAAAUGCAAGGCUGGUUGGUUCUGUGUAUCAGCAGCAUGGAACUCCCAGCCAUUUGACCUGGACAAUUACACAAAUGCAAACUGUCUAUGUCCAGCUACCUCCACAGGGGGGCGCUGCCAGGUGGGCUUUUACUGCCCCCUGGGUAGCUCUGAGCCCGUGCCUUGUCCGCCAGGAACUUUCUGUAACAUCUCAGGUUUGGCACUGCCAAUGGGUCCCUGCUCCCCUGGGUAUUACUGUGCAGGAGGAGCUACUGAUGCCAGACCAACAGAUGGAGAAACAGGCAACAUCUGUCCACCUGGGACAUACUGUAUGGAGGGCGCAGGGGAACCGGAAUUGUGUCCAGCUGGUACUUUCUCCCCAGCGCCAGGUCUAACCAGUGAGGCUGCCUGUCAGUCCUGUAGUGCAGGUUUCUACUGCAGAGGAGCAGGUCUCAGGGCACCAACUGGCCCCUGCAGCCCAGGCUACUGGUGCCCUCCUGGUGAGACUGUGGCUACAGCCCUGCCAUGUCCUCCAGGCCACUUCUGCCCACAAGGUAGUGCAGCCCCACAGCUCUGCCCAUCAGGAACCUACCAGGACAGAGAGAAACAGGAAGCCUGCACUGUCUGUAAGGCUGGUUUCUACUGUGAUUUGAGACUGGGUCUAGCCAAUGCCUCUUUGCUGAGGCCCUGCCCUAAAGGACACUUUUGCCCUGCAGGCACAGCCCUGCCCAACCAACAUCCCUGCCCUGUAGGCUCCUUCAAUCCGAGACAACAAGCAGACAGCCCUGCAGACUGCAUGCCAUGUGCUGCUGGACAGUACUGCCCUUCUGUGGGAUUGUCAGAGCCAUCAGGACCAUGCCAUGCUGGAUACUGGUGCAAAGAGGGAGCAUCCUCUCCCAGCCCACUGGAUGGACUCUCAGGUUCCCUGUGUCCACCUGGUCAAUACUGCCCCUCAGGCACCACAGCUCCCAUUGCCUGCUCUGAAGGAAGCUGGUCAAAUAGCUCAGGCUUGUACAGCCAGGAGGACUGCAAACCCUGUCUAGGAGGAUUUUACUGUGACUCUACAGGCCUCACAAAACCCAGUGGACUCUGUACCGAAGGAUAUUACUGUGUGGAGGGAGCUGUCACACCCACCCCUACCGAUGGAAUUACAGGGGGCCCUUGUCCCGAGGGUUACUGCUGUCCACAGGGAACCGUUCAGCCUGUGCUUUGUCCUCCUGGGACGUAUGUGGCUGUUACACUUGCUACUCAUUGUGAUCCCUGUGUGCCAGGCUGGUACUGUGUGUCUGGCUUUCUGUACCUCUGUCCUGCAGGCUUUUAUUGCCCUGAAGGAACUGGAUUUGACUUGAGAGGCUGUCCAGAAGGAACUUACGGUCCUGACCCCGGCUACUGGUCUGUCUCUCAGUGCAGGCAGUGUGACGGCGGCCAUUACUGCUCUUCCAGAAAUGCUACAGCUGUCACUGGACCAUGUCAGGAGGGAUAUUACUGCUCACAUGGAAACACCUCUCCACAGCCUGCCUCACAUACUGCAGGAGAGGGAGGUCCAUGUCCUGCUGGUCAUUACUGCCCCGAGGCCACCGUUCAUCCUCUGCCCUGUCCUCGUGGAACAUUCUCUGACCUCAUCGGAUUAGCCUCCCAGGAGGAUUGUCAGCCAUGUCUUCCUGGCUACUACUGUGAUGCUGUGGGGCUCUCUGUGCCUUCGGGAGAGUGCUGGGAAGGUUUCAUCUGUCUCAGGGGUGCAGAUCGUCCCGACCCUCCAGUGAGAGGCAGCCGUGGAGGACCUUGCCCAAAAGGAUAUUACUGUCCUGAGGGCUCUGUGGCUCCUCAGAAGUGCCCCCUGGGAACCAUCAGUACAGAAGAUGGCAGAGCCAGCUGUGAUGCCUGUCCCCAGGGUUUUUACUGUGCUGGCAGUAGUAAUGGCGCUUUGUGGGAGAGUUACGAGUGUCCAGUGGGUCAUUACUGCCCGUCUGGGACUUGGUCGAAACACCAGUACCCAUGUCCAGCUGGAUCCAUCAACCCAUACACUCGGAUGACAAAACCUCAGGAUUGCUUGCCUUGCCCACCAGGCUCCUUCUGUGCAUCCGCUGGGAAGGGUGCUGCAUCAGGCCAGUGUAGCGCAGGCUACUACUGCCACUCUGGGGCCUGGUCACCCACACCAGAAGACAGAGGGAGGACAGGUGACAGAUGUCCUGAGGGUCAUUACUGUCCUCAUGGCUCCUCGGCACCACUGCCUUGUCCCAUAGGAUACUACACUAACAAAACCAGAAACAGUCAUGUCUUCGACUGCCUGCCUUGUCCUCCAGGUUUCCUGUGUGUCACCAGAGGGCUCUCCUCCCCUUCACUUGUCUGUCCAGCUGGCUUCUACUGUCCAGGCACAGAAAACAGCAGCCAGCAGGCCUCUAUACCCUGCUCACCUGGAAACAAGUGCCCACCUGGUUCUAAAUUACAGGUUCCGUGCAUGCCAGGGACCUACCAGGAUUUGCCUGGACAGGCAGAGUGUGUUGAAUGUCCAGGAGGAUUUUACUGUGCUGGCUCAGUGGAUGCUGACACUGGGCAUGCGUCUGGGACUCACACUCCCAUGCCGUGUCCCCAAGGACAUUAUUGCCCACCAGGAACACAGGCUGGUGUAGCAUUCCCAUGCCCAGCUGGCACCUUCAGCGGACAGAUGGGAUUGUCCAACAAGCUGGACUGUGAGCUCUGCCUUCCAGGGAGAUAUUGCAGUUCUUCUGGACUGACUGCUCCCACUGGGCGCUGCUCUCCUGGUUACCUCUGUAUCCAGGGUUCGGUUUCAUCCCAGCCAGAGGAGGGCCCGACAGGAGGCCGCUGUUCUGCAGGAUCCUAUUGCCCUGAGGGGGCAGUUUCUAUAGAUGCAUGUCAGCCCUGUUUGCCUGGCCAUUAUUGUGCUGAGGUUGGCCUCUCCUCCCCAUCUGGGCCCUGCAACUCUGGCUUCUACUGCACGGAGGGAUCCAGAACAGCCAUACCUCAGGUUACAGGAGAUACCACAUCUCAAUACCCACAUCCUGGCAAUUCAACCCUUGGUCAUUUCCAUGGUGAUGUGUGUCCUGCAGGCCACUAUUGUCCUAAAGGGAGUGCACAACCAAGUCCUUGUCCACCAGGCACUUUCUUGACGAGAUCUGGGGCAGAGUCCAAUGCUGACUGUGAAGUGUGUUACCCAGGAUUUUAUUGCCCCUUGUGGGCUCAGACCUCUGCUGAUCUCCUUUGUCCCCCAGGGUGGUUCUGUCCACCAGGAUCAGAGUCUGGACAUCAGCCAGGAUGUCAGUGCCCGCCUGGUCAUGCGUGCCCACAUGGCAGUGCUGAGCCCACCAUCUGUAGCCCUGGCACUUUUCAGUCUUCAUCUGGUCAGUCCACUUGUAAUGCCUGUCCUCCAGGUUUCUACUGUGUGGGGGGUUCAUCAGUGCCAUCUCCGUGUCUGAUGGGCCAUGUCAAUCCGUUAGCUGGCAGGGCAUCCCACACUGACUGCUCCCCUUGCCCCCCUGGCUCCUUCUGUAACAGCAGUGCCCUGGCAGAGCCAUCUGGACCUUGCAGCCCAGGACAUUUUUGUUCCUUGGGGUCCACUGAGCCUUGUCCUGUCUCCCAGCCUUAUGGAGAUGUUUGUCCCAUGGGACACUAUUGUCCUCAGGGUAGUCAGUUACCCAAACCCUGUCCUGUUGGCAGCUACCUCCCAGAGCCUGGAGCUUCCUCCCCGUUUCACUGCCGCCCUUGCCCCCCAGGAAAAUACUGCCUCGGUCCUGGAGACUCACAGCCCACAGGUUUGUGUUUUGCAGGUUUCUUCUGCUCUGGAGGUGCAGAUAGCCCCACACCUCAUGUCAACUCCUCUUUGUUCAGCUGUCUCUGUGAAAUACUAGAGGUUUAUACCACAAGGACAGACACAGCCUUCUGGAGGCACAAUAUGUCCUGUGUCAGUAACUCCAGUAAUUCCGAGAGCAACACUGACUGGCUUCAAGUGGCAGCAGCACCACAGACAGAUUCAAACCAUGUUGUGACUCACUCACCGCCAUGUAUCAGAAGUACACAUUAUACAUGCUCUAUCUACACGGGAGAUAUAUGCCCUAAGGGUUUCUACUGUCCCUUGGGCUCUACCUACCCCCAGCCCUGUGUGGCUGGCUCUUACUGUAACCAGACUGGUCUAGCUGCCCCAGCAGGGUCCUGUGCUGCAGGAUAUUACUGUCCCAAAGGCUCCUUAGACCCUUAUGCCACCCCAUGCCCAAGAGGACACUAUUGUCCCCCUGGAACUCCUCUUCCUCUGCCCUGCCCUGUUGGAACCAUAAAAAGGUCCCUUGGUGGAUCCACAGUCAGGGCUUGCCAGCUCUGUCCUCCAGGUCACUACUGCCACCAGAGAGGCAGAGCUGAGCCAAGUGGCCAGUGCACAGAAGGCUACUACUGUCCUGAGGGACAGAGCUCUGAGACACCACAACAACAUGUUUGCUCAGUGGGACAUUAUUGUGAGAAGGGCAGUGUCAGACAGACACCCUGUCUCCCAGGCAGCUACCAGCUCAGACCAGGCCAGGGCAGCUGUGAGAUGUGCCCUGCUGGUUUCUAUUGUCAAGAUCAAGGAAUGAGCCUUCCACUUCCCUGUGAGAGAGGAUUUUAUUGUGACAGUGGCUCAGUAAAUCAACAUCCCUGUCCAGCAGGGACCUAUGGAAACAUGUCAGGACUGGUUGAGGAAUGGCAGUGCUCAGACUGUGACCCUGGGAUGUAUUGUAAAGAAACAGGGGGGACUUUCCCCAGUGGGCCAUGUGCUGCAGGCUUUGUUUGUGUUGGUGGAGCCUCUGAACCUUCACCAUCAGAUGGUCUGACUGGAUUCCAAUGCCCUCCUGGAUUCUUCUGCUCUAUGGGGACCUCUGUACCAAAACCAUGCCCAAAAGGAACAUUCAGUGAGCAGAGGGGGCUUGUGGAUGAGUCUCAGUGCCGUAGCUGCAGUCCUGGCUUCUACUGCUCAGAGACAGGCCUCUCUGUGGUCUCUGGACCAUGCCUGCCAGGUUUCUACUGCCUAGAGGGAUCUCAAACUGCUACUCCAAUGUCAAGUGUAUCUGGGGGUGUUUGUCCAGCAGGACACUACUGUCCAGAGGGCACCAGUGUACCCUUGCCCUGCCCAGCUGGUUACUAUCAAAAUAAGACUGGAUCAAAAGGCAAAGAGGACUGCAAACCUUGCCCUUUUGGCUGGUUUCAGGAUUUAUCAGGUCAUAAAGAGUGUAAUCUCUGUCCUCCUGGAUUCCUCUGUCAGUCUCUGAAGCCUGGCCCCACAAGGGGGAGCUCUACUGGAAUCUCUAGUCCUCUCCCCUGCCCAGCUGGCUACAUCUGCCCCAGGGACAAUCCAGGCAUUCCACCUCUCCCCUGUCCCAAAGGCACCUACAGCCCCAGCCAAGGUCUCACAACAGCAGGUGAGUGUCUAGUGUGUCCUCUUGGUCAAUUCUGCGGGUCUGAAGGUUUGGUUGAGCCUUCAGGAUCAUGUGCUGCUGGAUUUCUUUGUCUGAUGGGUGCCACGAUGCCGAACCCGACUGACAACAGAACUGGAUCCCUGUGUCCACCUGGGAUUUACUGCCUUCAGGGGAAAAGAGCAGGUGAUUGCUGGCCAGGGUUUUACUGUGACUGGGGCUCUAGCAGAGCAGAUCAAGUGAUGUGCCCAGCUGGUUUCUUCUGCCCCAGUGGAACACCAGUCCCCUUACCCUGUCCUGCAGGAACAUUUAGUUCUCAAACAGGCAACAUACAUCAAGAAAACUGCACAGUCUGCACCCUUGGAUACUACUGUCAAGCUGAAGGUACUAUACAGCCUGCACUGUGUCCCGGUGGAUACUACUGUCCUCCGGGACUGAUUCUAGGACUGGAGUUCCCUUGCCCACCUGGCACUGUGCAGAGCCAGCACGGAGCCUCCAGUCCUGAUGCCUGCCUGCCCUGCCCUGCUGGAAUGUUCUGCUCUCAUCCUGGUCUGUCGGAGCCCACAGGACCCUGUGAGGCAGGGUACUACUGUCCUGCUGGAUCAUCCAGCCCAAACUACACUGAGUAUCAGGGGAAAUCUGCCAGAAGCCAGCUUUGCCCCUCUGGCCACUACUGCCCCUCUGGCACCGGGUAUCCACUCCCCUGCCCCACAGGCUCUCUUUCCAUCUCACCAGGACUGAAGGGAGUUGAGGAAUGCCCACCCUGCCCCUCUGGACUAUUUUGUGACAGGCCUGCGCUAACAGAGCUCUCAAAUGCUCUCCCAUGUCAUGCUGGGUAUGUGUGCCUCGGUGGCAGCUCCACUCCCACCCCUUCAGAUGGUUCACAUGGCUACCUUUGCCCCUCUGGCCAUAGCUGUCCUGUUGGCUCUCCAUCUGAGGUGCCCUGUGAGCCUGGCUCUUACAGUCCUGCCCCUGGAGCAGACCACUGCAUAUUAUGUCCCAAAGGAACCGCAUGUAACUCCUCAGCCACUCGGGAGCCCCAUAUCUGCCCAGCUGGUCAUUUCUGUCCUACUGGGACAGCACUGCCUCAGCCCUGCCCUUUAGGGACUUUCAGCAACCACACAGGGGCCUAUUCUCUUUCUGUAUGCACUCCCUGUCCCUCUGGAGUAUAUUGUGCCUCCUAUGGAGCCUCAACACCGCAAGGUUCCUGUUUGCAAGGUUAUUUCUGCCAAGGUGGAGCAGUGGGCCCAACACCACAGAUCUCUGACACAUUUCCCAGGAACGGCCUUUGCCCUGUUGGCCAUUACUGUCCUGCAAGAUGCCUAUCCCCCAUCCCUUGCCCUCUUGGCAGUAUUCGCAACACCACUGGAGGGGUGUCCAUGGAGAGCUGCUCUGCCUGUCCUGCAGGUCACUACUGCUCCACUGAGGGUCUGUCCAGUCCCAGUGGCCCCUGUGCUUCUGGGUUCUACUGCCCUUUUGACUUCUCUUCAACUACUCCAUAUGCAUUCCUCUGUCCCAAGGGCUAUUACUGUUCAGAAGGUUCCGCUGUGGCCUUGCCUUGUCCCACAGGAGAAUACCAGCCAAACGCGGGCUCACAUAGCUGCAUCCCCUGCCGACCUGGAUUCUACUGCGAGGAGGCCAUAGAUGGAGAGCCACGGCCCUGCCCACCACACUCAUUCUGCCCUGCAGCCACCAUGAAGCCUCAGCCCUGCCCUAAUGGGACAUACACGCGUUCAAACCAGGAGGGACUACAGGAAGUGACAGAGUGUUUACCCUGCCCUCCGGGGAAGUUCUGCAGGGCUGGUAGGAUCCAGGGUGUGUGUGCUGCAGGGUAUCUUUGUGUUUCUGGAAGUGCUGAUUUCACACCUCAAGGAUCAAUGUCUAAUUUGACCCAGUGCCAGUGGGGCAUGCAGUGUGCAGGACCAUGCCCAUCAGGUUUCUAUUGUCUCGAGGGUACAGAAAAGGCUCGGUUGUGUCCUGCAAACACGGUCAGAAGCUCCCCAGGAGGUGCCAGCCUGCAGGACUGCUUACCCUGCCCACCUCAGUAUUGGUGUAAACCCGGAGACCCAGUCCUACAUUUGUGUCCCCCUGGUCAUUACUGUGAUGGUCUGUUUGGACAUGACUUCAAUGGAGGGACAGGACCCAGGCCGUGUCCUUUGUAUACAUAUCGAGCUUCCCCUGGUGCAGGCAGCAAGGGUGACUGCCUGCCCUGCCCUCCUGGUUCACACUGUAACAGCACAGAGCUUACAGACUACUCCAACAGUCCCUGCCCUCCUGGUUACUGGUGCAGUGGGUCUGGACCCCCCAUCUUUUGCCCUGCAGGCACCAAAAGGCCCCUUCCUGGAGCUGCUGCACCCAGCCAGUGUGAACCCUGUGCAGGGGGAACCUUCUGCCCAGACCCUCGGGCCACAGGCAAAGCCAAUGUGGAGGGGAUCCCAUGCAGGGCCUCUUAUCAAUGUCCCACAGGUGCAGUCUCAGAGAGACAGUGCAGAGCUGGCUCAUACUGUGGACCUCAGACAGCUGAACCUCAGGUCUGUCCUGAAGGUUAUUUUUGUCCUGCGGGAUCUUAUUCCUACAAUACUCCCAAACAACUCUGUCAGUUUCCCUACUACUGCCCAGCCAACAGCUCUGCCAUGCAGCCCUGUGAAGGGGGCUACAUGCCUGUCAACACCAGCGGGCUCAGGGGAUCCAAAAACAGCUUCUGUAGUAUGUGUGAAGGGGGAACCUUUCGUCCCUACCUCUCCCCCUUACUUCAAUGCCUUCCAUGUCCACCAGGAUACUUCUGCCCCCCAGGUACUGCCCACUACAAGAUUAACCCUUGUCCUAUUGGAUAUGCCUGUCCCAUGGGAUCCACUCAGCCGACGCCCUGCCCCCCUGGCUCCUUUGGUAACCUCACUCAUGCCCAGAAAAUGAGUGACUGUCACCCAUGUCCAGCUGGCACCUUCAACCACCUGCCUGCCCAGAAAGCUUGCUUUCCCUGUGGCAGCUCUUCCACCUCAGCAGCUGGCUCUUCUUCUUGUAUAUGUAUUGGUAAGAACCGUGCAUUUCAGCACUCAGAUGGCUCAUGUUUGUGCAGAACUGGUUUUAUCUUCUACGAUGAACUGGAUUUCAAAGGCUCUGCAACUGACAGUGGAGUAGACUGCCAGCCUGAGGUGAACAAGCAGUGUGCCACUGGACAGGUACGGCUUGCGGCAUCCAGAGAGUGUGUGGCACCUUCCCGCCAUUCCUGUAAUAUCACAUGUGGACCACGUGGAGGAAUUCUAGAUGUGGAGAUGGGAAUCUGCCAGUGUGAGCAAUAUGUGUCGGCAGAGGAGCUUUGCGAUACUUCCUGCCUUUCCAGACUGCUUCAGCUCUCUGCCCAGUUCUCACCAGAUGGACACCUGCUGCUCAGUCUCAAAGAGAGAAACAGCAUGGUCAGGGCCAAGGUGAAGGAGAGGCAGCAGGGCAGUUUACAGACUGAUGAUCAGCUACAUCUUACUGUAAAGGAUAUUUUAGGUCCAGAUAUCCAUGUAAAGAAUAUUGGGAAAGUCCAUUUGGUCCAGUUUGACUCUGAAGGAGUGUUUGGUUGGGUUCCUACACGAGGAGACCUUAUCAGUCAGUUACUGUCAGAACAAACAGAAAGCAUAAAUAGAAGACCCAGAAAGAGGAGAGACACAGAAGAUGAUGAUGGUGCUGAUGUGGUUGUCCUUCCUCGAAUCCCCAACCCUAUCGCCUGUUUGUCCUCUGGUGACAUGCUCAUUUUCCUUCUCACCAUCAACCGCACUGAGCGCCAUUUGAGCCACUUCCCAGUGUAUCAAAAAGACCACCUGUUUAAUAGCAACCCCAGCUGGGACUUUGGUGCCUUCAGACAUCUGCAGAUACUCAUGAAACAGACAAACUUCAACUCCACAAGGUUUGCCCAUGUGUUUUCAGAAAGAGGAAAGUAUGUUUUUGUGGACAGCGCUGUCCCAGAGAGAAGUAUGGUGGUAGUGGUCAGUGAGGAGGCGACAGAAUGUGACCCCAGGGCUGCUGUCUUCCAGCCUAUGACCCCAGCAAAGCUGGUCAAGUAUGGAAUUGUCAAGCAGCACAGACUCAACCUUCUACCUGACUGGGGAGUGAUUACAGGGAUCCUGAGCCUGCUCCUGGUUCUAGUUGUAGUUCUAACCACCACAGUGCUAAUUCUACGACCCAGCAAAGCAAAGCUCAUCUCCCAGUGGAAGACAAAGCCAAGGUGGCGGAGCCUCGGGGAGCCCUUCUGUCCAGUGGAGUGUGUUUGCAAUGGAGACAGCAUUGCUGUUCCAAGCAUAGGCAUCUUAGGCAGUAGGAGUGUAGGAGAAGGCGCAGAGGCUGAGGAGUUUGCUGUCUCAAAAGGAGGAAGUGUGUCAGGCCGCUGUGACUUGGAGGAGUUCAAUGUGAAAACUCUGUAUGACAAACUAGAGGAUCAGAACCUCCAUGUAGCGUCACAACUGGCUCGACACCGCAAAGACACACAAGAGUUCUACAAAAACAUUUGUCUACACACUGAAACACUCAAGAAUGUAUUUGAAAAUAUGGAUCAUAAAAAACUGAGUCUUCUUAAAGAGCUCCUAGUCCACAGCUCAGUGAGAGAUAAACCAUGUAACAGCAGUGCAGGAGAGAGAAACGCACAAGCUGAGGUCUCUACAGUGUUAUUGGGAACUAUUCUCAGGUCAGUGGAAGCUCUCUUAUGCAGGCUGACAGGAGAGGCUUGGCAGAACCAGGUUUUGCCUGGUCCCACACACUGUCAAACAGCUCCCCAUAAUACCAGGGGAUGUGAGCCACAAGCUGGAUACACACAAUCCGGUGACACCAAAACCUGUCAUGCACAGUUUGCAUCAGUGAAUAUGACCAAAGAGGAAGUCCUCCCCCAUGAGCCAGUCCAUCUACAGACCACAGCCCCUUGUUUAAGUGAUUAUGACUUGUCCAAGCUGGUCUCUAUAUCUCCUCUAUUCAAGACCCUGCAGGAAAUUCAUCAGUCGUUACAGAUCCUCACUGAGCCUGGUCAGCAUCUACACAAUGAAGCUAUAGAGCAUUCUGUCCAGGAGAAAUAUGACGGCCAACUCAUCCCGACUGCACUGGACAGCCUCUCACCUCAUCACGCUGCUGUUUUCUUGUUCGGCUGCCAUGUGAUGCAGUUGCUUGCAAAUUGCCCCCUGUUCCCCUCGGUGCUUCUGCUGCUGGCUAAGUCGAUCCCUGUCUCUUCAUCUUCUUCUAAUGAUGCUCUGCUGGCUCAUUGCUCCACGGACUUCUUUUUUGAUGCAACCAAUCAAAUCCUUUAUGUGUCAGAGGCAAAGCUUCAACACGUGGGACAUUUCAUCACUAUCAUUCUGCUAUCAAUGGCCUACAUAGCAUCAGCAUCCAAACCCCAGAGCUUUAUGCAAGCUCUUCAUGAGGCCAUUUCAACUCUGAGCCUUCAGCUGUUCAACUCUUCUAUCAAAUGGAGCACAGCAGAGUCAAAAUUCGAUUCUUCAGAGGAGCAGCAUGGCACGUUAGCUGAGGAAUUUCUCAACGUUACAGUUCCCACUGAAGCACAGUUCACUGAGCACCUAUUAGCCCGCAGACUUGAGAAAUAUAAGCAUUUCAAGUUAGAGCAGCUCAUCUCUGACCUCAAACAGAGAACAUCUAACGACACAGACACGGGUUUGCCACCAAAAGGGACACCAGUGCAGAUGUCCUGUAUAGAGGAAGAAAUUGACCGCAUGAGUGAGUCUUUCUUGCAGCUGAGUGUGCAGCUACACAGGAAAGCUCAACUGAGCAUAUGGCAAAAGGAGCGAGAGAACAGUGCUGGCAGCCACUCUGUGAGGGCAUCACCAACAAGCAUGCCAAGCCUGAGUCGUAAUGGAACAGCCCUACUGGAACUGAAGAGACACUGUGUAUCACAGCGCCUCAAUGAGCUCCAAAUCACAUUAGGGCAGAUCAGACAGUGCCAGCAGCAUGACAGCAAGUCAAAAGAAGGGAUGAGAGGCCAUACGCAAACAGACAGCAGUACUGCUCAGCAGGAGCAGAGGGAGCAUUACCCUGGCAUAGAUGUCUGCAGCUUCGCUGAUGGCCAACAGCAGGACAGUAUUCCAGUUAGCCAGAGUCACAGCCAACACACUGAGGAGAGCAGAGGCCUUGGUAACCCUAAACUGGAGAGUCAUAUUUCUGAGCAUCAGGGGAGUGACGCUGUGUAGAGUAGCAACAUUCCUAGACUACCAGAUGCUAGAGAGCCAGGACCAGCUGCACCUUAAUGGAACAGGACACAGUCAGAUCACAUAGGAAAAUCAUAACUACAUACAAAUAGUGUUGGAUCUGACUGUGGAUGAAAGCUGAAAAAUACGUUAUUUCUCAGUCCCCAGCUGGGUCAUCUGUGCACAAUACAUGAGUGUGUGUUGUUUGCUGAGUAAUUAUCUGAAUGAACUCUGUAAAUUUGCACCAACAAUUCAGCUGUAUUAUUUUUUAAUUAUCUGUGCUCCCAGACAGAAAUAAUUCCUGGCACCAAGCAGCAGUGUGACAAUCUGUCACUGUGCUCAAAUAGUUUCUCAGUUGGGUAUUAAUACCAGCCUCUACAACAGGCUUUGUUCAUUAGCAUAUUCUAAUUAAGACAAUAAACAACAGCUGAGUGAACACAAGGUGAAACUUCUGCUUCUGUGUUGCUUCCUGUUCACAACAACCUGAAAAGGUGAUGACCCACGUGUCUUCACAAAUCUAGUAUAAUUCUCUCCCCCUUUUCUCUAUUGUCUCACACAUGUAGGCUCUCUAACUUGUUCUUUUUAAUGAAGUUUCUCCCCAGUCACCAAACUAACCAAGUAAAUAGAAAGUAGCUACAAAACCUGAAAGUCAGUUGGUUGGUCUAUGCUGCACAGCUGCUGCCUCCUCCUAGUCUGAUGGUUUAUUUGACACGCACGCCUCUGGGUCUUAUUAUAGAAAGUGAGUUUUCCUACAGGAGACUGUGAGCCAAAUCAGAAGGUCAGAUGGGACAAGUCUUCACUUACUAUCAGUGUUAGCUUGAAGGUCUGUGCCAAGUCCCCCAGGGUUGAUUCUGGCUUUG